AUGACGUCCUCAACACAAGAGUUUAGCUUGGAGAUGACUCUUUUACCGAGAGAUCAAGUGAAAGAUGUAUUGAGAGGUCUUUUACAUUCUAUCUUUUUUCACCGUCUUUUGAUCAACGUUACGCCUCGUGAGCUCCGAGUAUUGAAUACGACAGUUUCCAUUACAGAUAAUGCUGAUGUUGAAAAAUUAAUUGAAGAAAAGACGGUUGAGUUUCUGCACAAUACAAGUUCACCUCAAGUAAAGCAAGGAAAGUUGGCAGUGUUGUUUUAUGAAAAGAGGUUAAAAAAGAACUGGUUCCAGUUUUCGAAAUCAGAGGAGUUAGUAUGUUGGGAACAGUGGAACAUUGUACUCAACUUGGUCCAAUCACCUGCAACAGAACAAGAAAAGUUUAGGAGUAACAAGUCCAUUGAGAGUCAGUUUGGACAAAACUUACUCAAGAUACUCGAGAUUGUGAAUGAAUUUAAAGAACAUAUACCCUCUAUCACAACUACAGAAGGGAAUCCAUUUCCUUAUCAGAUUGCAACACAGUCCCAGACAGAGAGUUGGAGUGCUAUGAUUAAACGUAUGCUAGUGACAGACGCACCUACUAUUGAAAGAUCCACACCAAGCCCUCAUCCUAAUCGUAGUUCAAGUGUUUCCUACACGCCAUCCACUAAAUUAGACAAAAGAAACUGA